AACCUCAGGACCUGAUGACGCUGGCUGCGAUGGGUUUGGGCUCUUCUAACGCUGCUGCAGCUCCUAAGGAUAUUACUCAGCUUCUGGGAGGAAUGAACCCCAUGAGUAUAUUUGCCGGCUCUAUGGGUUUGGGCGGCGGGGGCCAGAGAGCAGCUGCAGCAGGUGCUGCAGGAGGAGCACGGGCGGCGCCACCAGUAGAACCAGAGGUAGUGGCUGAGCAGCAAGAACAAAUGAUGAUGAGAGCAAUGAUGGCCAGCGCAAUGAAAU